AAUCAUCGUACAUUCUUGUUAUUGUACAUUUGUAUAUUCCUCUUCUUCUUCGUCUGUCAACUCGGUCGGUGUCAGCUGGAAUGGCUCACCCUCAACUCAGUAACUCGCUCUCUCUCCAUCCCAAUCUCAUUCCCCUUUAUCGCCCCCUCCACCACCAUCACCCUCCUUCCCCAUUCCCUUCACUCUUCACCAAACCCAAACCCCUCCUCCGGUUCACCCGCCGAACCGCCGAACCGGUUCAACCCCGUUUCCUCGUCGCCGCCGUCGGUCAAGCCGAGCCGGAACGCCUUCCUCAACUCAAUGCCCAACAGGAGGAUUUUCUCUCAAAAUCUCCGCAACAAGUUAGUCAAUUAAAGAACAGAGUUGUUUUUGGACUUGGCAUUGGGAUUUCUGUGGGUGGUAUCGUUUUGGCUGGAGGAUGGGUUUUCGCAGCUGCCUUGUCUGCUGCUGUCUUUGCUGGCGCACGCGAAUACUUUGAAUUGGUCCGGAGCAAUGGAAUUACAGAAGGAAUGACACCACCUCCACGCUAUGUGUCACGAGUCUGCUCGGUCAUUUGUGCCUUAAUGCCAUUGUUUGUCAUGUAUCGUGGUCAUAUUGAUGUUUCUGUGACUUCUGCUGCUUUUGUUUUGGCCAUGACAUUACUCUUACAAAAAGGAAGUCCCCGUUUUGCACAGCUAAGUAGUGCCAUCUUUGGGCUAUUUUAUUGUGGAUAUCUUCCCUGCUUUUGGGUUAAGCUUCGAUGUGGUUUAGCAGCUCCAGCCAUGAACACGAGAAUUGGAGCAAUAUGGCCUGUGCUUCUUGGUGGACAAGCUCAUUGGACAGUUGGUCUUGUGGCAACUUUGGUUACCAUAAGCAGCAUAAUUUCAGCUGAUACAUUUGCAUUUCUUGGUGGCAAGGCAUUUGGUAGAACACCACUUACUAGCAUAAGUCCAAAGAAGACAUGGGAGGGUACCAUUAUCGGCUUUUGUGGGUGUAUAGCUACUUCUGUUGUACUGUCAAGAGUUUUCAGCUGGCCAUUAUCUUUACCAAGCGCAAUAGCUCUCGGUGUUCUGAGUUUCUUUGGGUCUGUUUUCGGUGAUCUCACUGAAUCAAUGAUUAAACGUGACGCUGGAGUGAAGGAUUCUGGUUCCCUAAUACCUGGUCAUGGUGGAAUACUAGACAGAGCAGACAGUUAUGUUUUCACGGGUGCGCUUGCACACUCCUUUGUCAAAACCUUUCUACCUCUCUAUGGAGUAUGACAUGGAAUAAAGAGAAUCGAAUUUGAAUACUUUGGAAACUCUUGAUAUUACUCAUGGGAUCAGAUACAGAAGACAAUAUGGCUUAAGUAAAUAUGGAAAAGCUUGUUGAGUGGAAAAGAUAGAUUUUUCUGAUGAUCAUCACAAAAGGAGCAGCAAAAACUUAUGAUUUCAAGCCAAGUUAACAAUAGUUUACACCUGCUGCAAAUUCAAAUUCACAUGAGGUCACCGAUAGGAGGAUUGGUUAUGUUGUGUGACUUGUAAAUAGCCACAAUUGGAUUUGAAAGAAAAAGAUACUUGUAGUUGCUCUAACUGUUUUUUAUGUCUCGCCAACCAAUGUCCCAAGGCUAGGCAAUAGAUAAGAAUAAUUUGGUGCUAGUAAAUUUUUUGUUAUUUAAUAAUUGUUAGUAGCCUCGUUGUAUUUUAGUGAACACCAAAUAUCAUUCACAUAAUAUUUGUCUUUAUAAGUGUUAAAUAUAAAGAGGCUUAAUAACUCUUUUGGUCAA